CUCACUCACCCCCAACCCCGCCAUUAAUGCUCUCGCACCCUCUCUAUACGCUCUGCAAUUACUCCUCCUCUGCCACAUCUCUCUCUCUCUCUCUCUCCUAUUUCUCUCUCUAUCUUCUUCUUCUUCUCCCUUCUUCGCCUUUACUCAUUUCACCCCCACCCUCUCUGCUACAAACCCCCUUUUUGUUUCUCUGGUUCCCUUCUCUCUCUUGAUUGAUACUUCUUUCCCUAUCAUCAUCAUAAACUCGCAAUUCUCCUUAAAUUCCAUUCACAAGAAAAGCACCUCCGCAAUAAACCAGACAGCUUCAUCCCCCCCACCAUCUGCAACCCUCUUUUUCAUCGCCGCCGCCGCCGCCGUCCAGAUCUGCGCCGGAGGCACUUUCUCCGAUUCCCCCAAACCCCCAAUUCCUUAUGAGGGUUUUCGCACUCAGCACCUUCGGCAACAUCGAAAGAGAAGGUGAAAAAAAGAUUAAAUUAGGGUUUUCUGGGUAUCAAGAAUUGCAGCUUCGAGAGUUGCAGAUGUGGUGGAGAUGAUGACGAAGGCCUGAUGGAAUGAAUUUUUAAUAUUUCUGAAGUGUAGCUCAAUUCGAAGCUUGGCAUUUCAUUUCUUUAGAGUGAUCGAGAUAAUCAAAGAUGUUCCAGCCGAAUCUGUUCGAUAGCCACCACCACUUGCUGGACAUGGCCGGCCACAAUAAAGGCCCGGAAACUGAGAUGGACCUUAUCAGAGACGACGACUAUGAGAGCAAGUCCGGCACCGACAUCAUGGAAGCCCCGUCUGGUGACGACCAAGAUCCUAAUCAGCGUCCCAAGAAGAAGCGAUACCAUCGCCACACUCAGCAUCAAAUCCAGGAGAUGGAAUCGUUCUUCAACGAGUGCCCUCAUCCUGAUGACAAACAAAGGAAAGAACUUGGCCGUCGUUUGGGGCUGGAACCUUUGCAAGUCAAGUUUUGGUUUCAGAACAAACGUACUCAGAUGAAGGCGCAGCACGAGCGCCACGAGAAUACGCAGCUGAGGAAUGAGAACGAGAAGCUUCGUGCGGAGAACAUAAGGUACAAGGAAGCUCUCAGCAACGCUACUUGUCCUAACUGCGGCGGCCCCGCCGCCAUAGGAGAGAUGUCUUUCGAUGAGCAGCAUCUCAGGAUCGAAAAUGCUCGCUUAAGAGAAGAGAUCGAUCGAAUCUCGGGCAUAGCUGCCAAGUACGUCGGGAAACCAAUGAUGUCAUACUCCCAUCUCCCCCUCGGAGCCCCUCGUUCUCUUGAUCUCGGCGUGGGGAGUUUCGGGUCACAUUCGGGCUUAGCCGGAGAGACUUAUGGAGCUGCCGAUCUUCUUAGAUCCGUGUCUUGUCCGACCGAUGCUGAUAAGCCGAUGAUCAUCGAGCUAGCUGUUGCUGCAAUGGAGGAGUUGAUCCGAAUGGCCCAAUCUGGGGAGCCUCUGUGGAUUCCAAGCACUGACAAUCCGACCGAGGCGCUGAAUGAGGAGGAGUAUGUCCGGACAUUCCCCCGAGGAAUCGGCCCUAAGCCGUUGGGACUCAAAUCCGAAGCCUCCCGAGAGUCUGCUGUUGUGAUCAUGAAUCACAUUAACCUUGUGGAGAUCUUGAUGGAUGUGAAUCAAUGGUCGAAUGUGUUUGCUAGCAUUGUUUCGAGGGCAGUUACUUUGGAAGUUUUAUCCACUGGUGUUGCUGGAAACUACAAUGGAGCAUUGCAAGUUAUGACUGCUGAAUUUCAAGUACCUUCUCCAUUAGUCCCAACUCGUGAGAACUACUUUGUUAGAUACUGCAAGCAGCACAGCGAUGGAACUUGGGCAGUUGUCGAUGUUUCUAUCGACAAUCUGAGGCCUACUUCAAUAGCAAGAUGCCGGCGCCGCCCCUCGGGUUGCUUGAUUCAAGAACUGCCCAAUGGUUACUCUAAGGUGACAUGGAUUGAGCACGUUGAGGUCGACGAUCGAGCCGUUCAUAGCAUCUACAAGGCACUAGUCAAUUCGGGGCUCGCCUUCGGUGCCAAGCGUUGGGUCGCGACGCUCGAUCGACAGUGCGAACGCCUCGCGAGUGUAAUGGUUAAUAACAUAUCAGCUGAUGUCGGUGUUAUAUCGUCCCCGGAAGGUAGAAAGAGCAUGUUGAAGCUUGCGGAAAGAAUGGUGAUGAGUUUCUGCACCGGCGUCGGCGCCUCGACUGCGCACACUUGGACUACGCUGUCUGGAAGCGGCGCCGAUGAUGUCCGUGUUAUGACAAGGAAGAGCAUGGAUGAUCCCGGCAGGCCACCUGGCGUUGUGCUCAGCGCUGCUACCUCGUUUUGGCUCCCGGUUACUCCUAAAACGGUGUUUGAUUUCCUCAGAGACGAGAAUUCUAGAAGCGAGUGGGAUAUCCUCUCCAAUGGCGGUCUGGUUCAAGAAAUGGCCCACAUUGCUAAUGGCCGCGAUCCGGGGAACUCUGUAUCUCUCCUUCGUGUCAAUAGCGCGAAUUCGAGCCAGAGCAAUAUGCUGAUACUGCAAGAGAGCAGCACCGACUCGACGGGGUCGUACGUGAUUUACGCUCCGGUGGACAUUGUGGCGAUGAAUGUCGUGCUUAGCGGCGGCGACCCUGAUUACGUGGCGCUCUUACCAUCCGGGUUUGCGAUUCUUCCCGACGGUCCAAAAAGCCACCCCGGCGGCAUCCCGGAGGUCGGCUCCGGCGGGUCAUUGCUGACGGUGGCAUUCCAGAUUCUGGUCGAUUCUGUGCCGACGGCGAAGCUGUCUCUGGGCUCAGUCGCCACUGUCAACAGCCUUAUCAAAUGUACUGUGGAAAGGAUCAAAACUGCAGUCCUCUGCGACGUAUCAGCUCCGUAGCCAAAGCUGUGGAGUGGGAAUUGAUAGGAAGGAUUUGUUUACAUGAGAAAGUAGGGAGAGAGCAACUUGGGAAGAAGUCAAGAACGAACCUUGGUUAAACCUCGCCGGCCGGAAUCUUGCCGGCCGGCGAGGGUAACGGUGGGGUUCGGGUAUUGACUCCGCCUAGCUCCUAUAAGUCAACGUAGACAAAGACCUUCGUUCGAUUAAUCUAUCGUCGUCGUCGACUUAAUUAAUUGUAUCCAAAACCCUAACUCUUUUGCAUCUUUCAGUUUGACUUUGACUUUGACUUGUCUUUCAUUCGAGCAAUCGAAUCUUCUGCUUCUGUUGUCAA